AUGACAAAAACAUUUUUUGUGUGGGCACCCAAAUUAUCACUUAUAAGUUCGAAAAAUAUGUCCGAGUAUGCGCAAGAGGUGGCGGAAUUGGAAGGUUUGGUGGCACGCGCGACGGAUUCGACUCUAGAAGGACCUGAAUGGGCACUCAACAUGGCACUAUGUGAUUGUGCAAAUGCACGUCGCCGGUAUUGCGAUGAUAUUGUGCGUUUCUUGCUGCAUCGUCUCCAGAGCGGUAACCCCAAAGUGACGCUCUUGGCGCUUGUGUUGACAGAGACACUGGUGAAGAACGGACCAUCUAAGAUUCACAGUCGAGUAGCGUCUAGAAACUUUUUGAAUCAGGUAGUUAGAGUUACAGAUGGUAGCUUGGGUGUAGACGUGCAGAAUCAAGCUUUGCUGUUGAUUCAACAGUGGGCAGAUGCUUUCAAAGGUGGGGCCUUUCAGCACGUGUAUAGACAGCUGAAGUUGCAAGGAGUUGCUUUUCCUGAGGUGGAACAUGAUGCUCCGGUCUUUACGCCGCCGUCGUCAAUAGAUUCUGUUCGUGAGGAGAACGUUUUGAGCUCCUCAGCAGGUGCUGGUCCUGUACGAAAGACAAGAGAGCUGCAAUUGCAGAAACUUCACGAUGAUUUAAAAGUGGUACAGCAAAAGAUCAAGGUGCUAAAGGAUUUAUACUUUCGCGGACAGACUGGAGAGGAACUGGACGAUAUCUUAGAUUUCUUGCGACAAUGCCAGCCGAGGAUGAACACUCUGAUUGAAGGAGGGAUCAUGGGCAAAAUUGACGAGCGGACUCUGGAAGAGUGCUUAACUGUAAAUGAUCAUCUCAUGAAGAGCUUAGAAGAGUGCAGUCAAAGCAAGAAAAAAGAAUUGAUUACUUGCGACUCACCACCUCAGGCACAUCAUACGGCAGGAAUGCAACAAAGAAUGGAAAUGAUCACUUUGAAUGAUGAAAAUUAA